GCUCUUCCCACUUCUCUUUCUGCCAUCGAUACGCGCAGAGUCAGAGAUACUCACGCACGGAGAUAUGGGUGUUUGUGUGUCUGUAUGUGUAUAUAUACGUGUAUAUAUAUUCUCUGUCUACAUAUGCAUACCUAACAAUUAUACAAACUGAGUCAUCUACCUGACUAAAUAGUCUAUUGCAGCUCAAUUUUCAAACACAGACACACACAUGACCGUCACCCACAGAGCAAUAAAUGCGCAAUCAAAACUUGAAUUUUAUAUCUUCUGAUGAAAUGGGUAGCUGAGAGUUUAGAGUAAGCUAGCUUAAAGGUGUUGGCUAUGGGGUGUGUUCUCGGCAAAAGAGCCGCCGGGAGAAGACAAACUCGCCGGAAGCCCGAAAACGAUGAGACACGGGCUUCGGAAUCCGCCGCCGGGGCCGUGCAGAACGGAGCCAACGAAAGAGCCGAGGAGAAGAACAACGAAGAGGUCUCCACCGCUGCUGGCCGACGGCGGAGGCUUCCGCCGGCGGCGCCGGAGUUCCGGCUGGGACCGGGCGUCUCCACUGCGGCGGAAGGGUGGCCUUCGUGGCUGGUUGACGUCGCCGGAAACGUGAUCAAGGAUUGGAAACCCCGGCGUGCCAACACCUUCGAGAAACUUGACAAGAUUGGGCAAGGGACAUAUAGCAAUGUAUACAAGGCCAGGGACUUGAUCACUGGGAAGGUGGUGGCCCUGAAGAAAGUAAGGUUUGAUAACCUUGAGCCGGAGACUGUGAAGUUCAUGGCUAGAGAAAUACUUGUGUUGAAACGCCUGAAUCAUCCCAAUGUGAUUAAGCUUGAAGGUCUUGUUAUUUCAAGGAUGUCCAGCAGUCUUUACCUUGUGUUUGAGUAUAUGGAGCACGAUCUUGCUGGCCUUACUGCCAUGCAAAGCGUCAAGUUCACUGAACCUGAGCUGAUAGAACUUGCUUGGUUAUUAGUCCCAAGAGCUGAAGGUCCAGGUGUCACUGACUCACUGCUAUUGUUUCUUACGAUUAUUAGACUUUCACAGGUCAAAUGCUAUAUGAAACAGUUACUUUCUGGUCUAGAGCACUGCCACAACAAUGGUGUCCUACAUCGUGAUAUUAAGUGCUCCAACUUGCUAAUAGACAAUGAAGGAGUCUUGAAAAUAGCUGAUUUUGGGCUAGCUUCUUUUUUUGAUCCUGAACACAAGAAACCAAUGACAAGUCGAGUUGUCACACUGUGGUACCGUCCUCCUGAACUCUUGUUAGGGGACACUUAUUAUGGUGUUGGUGUUGAUUUGUGGAGCGCUGGCUGUAUUCUGGCAGAAUUGCUAGCUGGGAAGCCAAUAUUGAGGGGACGAACGGAGGUUGAGCAACUACACAAGAUAUUUAAAUUAUGUGGUUCUCCGACUGAGGAAUACUGGAAGAAAUCCAGAUUGCCAAAUGCAACUCUUUAUAAACCUCAACAACCUUAUAAACGUUGCAUAAUGGAGUCAUUUAAGGAAUUUCCGCAAUCUUCUCUUGGUCUGAUAGACACUCUUCUUUCUAUAGAUCCUGAUGCACGAGGCAGCGCUACUGCAGCAUUGAAUUCUGAAUUUUUUACAACUGAACCGUAUGCCUGUGAGCCAUCAAGCUUACCGAAAUUUCCUCCUAGCAAGGAGAUGGACAUAAAACUGAGAGACGAAGAAUCAAGAAGCAAGGUCUACAUGGAAAACCUCACACAAUUGAUGGUAAUAGACGAGGUAGAGUACGUGACAAGGUCCGUGCAAUUCCUGCUCCAGAAGCUAAUGCGGAACUCCAAACAAAUUUGGAUAGGCUAUGGAUCAUGUCAGAUGUUAAAGCCAAGAGCAAGAGCGAAAAAUUCCCACCGCCCCAUCGGGAUGGAGCAGUCGGCCAUCCUCCCGAUGCAUCUCAAAAUGGCCCUAUAUCAUUUGCUGCAGCUGGUUCUUCAUUUACCUCCUCAAUUUUUGAUCCAAAGUCAUCAAGAUCACUGCGAAACAACGGUGCAUCUAAAAGUGCAGCUUCAAGGAGGAAAAACAUUAAAGAAGAGCCUCACUGGGCUCCUUCUCGACAAUUUAUCAAAGCAUUCUAUCCAUCCACCAUUGGGUGGUCGAUGGAUUUCAGGUUCGGCCGUAGAUCAGCAGUUUCAGAAAAUGUUGGCAGUCGAAGGUAGAGCCGCAGGCCUGUAAAUUUUUUCUGAUAAUUAGAUGUACUUAUCAAGUGUAUACUAUGUGUUCUUAAGUUCUUUGGUUUCGCUGUCGAUGUAAACCAUAACUGGGUUUUGUGUAGAAUCAACACAAAAUGAAUUCUGAAUAGAGGAGUAUAGGUGAAAUCUGUAUAUUCUCAGGUUUUCCCAACUGUGAAGUCUGUAUAUUUUCAGGUUUUCCUAACUAUUAUUAGAGACUAUAAAAGAAUCCAACCAAUCUUCCCACA